AUGGAGACCGCAGUAGAAUCGUGCACCUCGAAUGCCGCCAUUGCGACGCAUCCGCUAUCUGAUCUGGACCUACUUACGAGAAAUUACAUGGCGCCCUUUUGUCUAAUUUAUCGCUUGGAAGACCAGGACGCGGACACUCGAAGUGCGGUAGUGGAGAGGCUUCAACUUGGACUUCAGAAAACUUCCAUGCAGCUCCCUGUACUGACUGGACGAGUCGUGCAUCCAUUAGGCCAGCGUCCUUUUGUUCAGGUCGACAAUGCAGACGACAGCAUUCCUCUACUGGUUAGUGGAGUUGCAAACGUCUCACGGGAGCUUCCAUCUUACGAUGAGUUGAAUGCAGUCCAUUUCGCCCCGUAUUGUUUGCCCUAUAGCCUCGUCAUUCCGACUGAAUUGUUCAGCUCAGCUGACUUUUCAACCGAGUCAGCCGAGCAUGGCCAGAGUCUGCCAGUGUGUGGUUUCAAGGUCACGUUCAUUGAGGGAGGCAUAGUGAUAGGUGUCGCUAUCAAUCAUUUCGUCACAGGCGCCUUAGGAUUGGACCUGGUGCUCGGCUGUUGGGCCGCUAGUUGUUGUGGAUUUUCCAGAGAAAUUGUAUACGAUCCGGCACUGGUGGCCAGUGAGAUUUCUGAGCCCAUAUCGGACAUUCGGGCCUUCGAAGAGAACCUCAUACAAAGAGGAGCUGCUAUAGAAACAACGUAUCAAGAUUCAAAGGAAUCACCAUCACAAUCUGCAAAACAUACGACGGCUUUGAUUGGGAUCUCCCACUCGGAACUCUUGUCGCUUCAAGGUGCGGUCAAGGCCAAAUACCCGCAUCUGGGUAUCUCUACCGGAGAUUGCUUUCGCGCAAUCAUGUGGCAAGCAAUAACCCGUGCGAAACGCAGACUUCAGUGGUACCAAGACGAGAAUCAAUCGAAAUUCAUGCAGGCAAUCACAUAUUGCUCCAGCGACAAACGCAGGACAAAGAUACCGUCAAAUUAUCUGGGAAACGCAACAGUCUUUACAAGCGUGCAACCCUGGACUGCUACAGAGCUUACCGACGAGAUCAAACUCGUAGACGUGGUUGCUGCCAUCCGCUCGAACAUCAAUCAGGCGGAUGAGAUGUUGUUCAAGGAUGUCCUGCGCUGGGCCGCUAGUCUCGAAGAUAUAACCCAAAGGUGCUGGGGCAGGAUGCCAUUCGGCAAAUUGGACUUUGGUGGAACGAGCUGGGCACGAGUGAAAGCGUACAAGACGGCUGACUUUGGAUUUGGUCCUCUGGCUGCUUUUCGAAUCCCCGAGGUCAACAUAGAGUGGUGCGUUGCCUUACCGAGGAGGAAAUAUGACAAUGGCAUAGAGUUUGCAGAGGCGUGUCUGGGGCUACCAGAUGAUGUACAUCGAGAACUUUUCCGCGAUGACAAAUUCCGUAAAUACGCGAUGGUUUAUCAACUUCAGCAGGAAAUUUUCUGA